AUUGGAGCCGUAGAGGAGGUGUUUUUAACCAAACCAAGCUGCUGGGAGGUCAAGAGGUGACAUGCCUCUGUAACACAUUGUUGGAAACAAAUGGUGAGGAAAAGCUAUCCUAUUCAUUAGUCAAAUAGAGGUAUAAGUUGUAGUUUAUCAGUUUGUACAGGGUCUUUUUAUUUUUUAUUAUUUUAUUUAACCUUUAUUUAACUAGGUAAGUCAGUUAAGAACAAAUUCGUAUUUACAAUGAUGUCCUACCAAAAGGCAAAAGGCCUCCUGCGGGGAUGGGGGCUGGGAUAAAAAAUAAAAAAUAUAGGACAAAACACACAUCACAACAAUGUAAAUGUGUAGUGUACAAGGGGUUUAGAAAUGUUGUGAAUCUUGUCUAUGUACUGUAUAUACGGAUCUAUGGUUAUAAAUAUUGUGUGAAUCCCUCUCUUUCUCUCCUGGGUUGCCAGAUUGGUUGCCAUGCCUCCGGGGAUGGCGCGACGUGGUUUCUCAGUCCCAGCGGCGGUCCCAGUACUGUCGCUGCUGCUGCUGCUAGCCGCCAGCUGGCCCUCCUAUGGCCUGGCCUGGGCUUCUGACCCCUCCUCCACCCUCUACUCCCCUUACCCCACCUUCACCCGCACAGACACCCUCUUCGAGCACCUGGCCCUGCACCCGGACCCCGCGGUGGGGCGCAUCUACGUGGGGGCGCGGGACCACCUCUUCCAGCUGGACCGCCACCUGAACGCCGAGCUCCAGGACAACACUGGGCCCGUGACGGACAGCCGCGAGUGCCUGCCCCCCGUCACCGAGAGCAACUGCCCGCAAGCGCGGCGCACCAGCAACCACAACAAACUCCUGCUGGUGGACCCCUACUCCAUGGAACUGAUCACUUGCGGCAGCGUCAACCAGGGCAUCUGCCAGAAGCGGAGUCUGGACUCGGUUGGUACGGUGCUGUUCUCGGCCGAGCGGCCUGUGGACACACAGUACGUGGCUGCCAACCACCCCAACGUGAGCACGGUGGGCCUGGUGGUGCGCUCCCGCCCCGACCGCCAGCCCGUGCUCUUCGUGGGCCGUGGCUACACCAGCAGCCACCCACCCAUCUCCACUCGCAACCUGGCCCAGGAGCCCAUCUUCUCCUACGAGGAAACGGCGAAGCUAGCGGUGGCGGGCCGCCUCUCGGAGUACGACCACCACUUCGUGGCGUCCUUCGCCCACCGCCAACACGUAUACUUCCUGUUCUACCGCCGUGACCUCAAGUCGCAGUCGCGCGAGUACCGCACCUACGUGUCACGUGUGUGCCUGGACGACCAGGCCUACUACUCGUAUGUGGAAGUGCCCCUGGCCUGUCGCUCGGCGGCCGGUAAGAGCUACAACCUGCUCCAGGCUAUCCGCCUUGGUCUACCACCAAAGGAGAGUGGGGGGGAAGCUGGGCAGGCAGAGGUGCUCCUGGGGGUGUUCUCCACCCGGCAGGCCUCGUCCACGCGACCCAGUGAGGACUCUGCUCUCUGCAUGUUCAAUCUUGACGAUUUGGACCAGAGGAUCAACUCUACCAGGGACCUGUGUUACACACAGUUCGGCCGGGGCGAGGGAGGGGGGGAGGCGGCCUACAUCGAGUACGAGGUCAAAUCCAACUGCGCCAACCUGCCGUCGGUGAGUAGGAGUGGGGUUGAGUUGAUUGACUUGCCAGAUCCUUAUUUGAUUCAAUCCUGGGUUCAAAUAGUGUUUGUAAUCUUUCCAAACCUUUUAGCGUUCGCUUUAGCCUGUCUUGAGUCUCAGAUGGACGGGGUUUGGCAUUUUGGACUAUUCCAUUCGUUCCAUAGUGCCAGACAAGCUCAAUCAAGCCCCGCUAAAGUAUUUGAAAUGAUUUCAUAUAGUAUUAGAACCCAGGUCUGCUCGCCAAUUCCUUAUUGUAUUGUGUCUCUGGAAGCACUUUAGUUUACAAUCCUUUUAUUGCUGAUAUUUAGGCUACCUAGUAUGAGGAAAUCGUGGGGCAACAAUGGGUACUUUCCGGUGCCCCUUGCCAAAAAUCCAACAAUUUGUAACCAUUUGGUGCCAGAUAGUAAGCAGUCUGAUCCUCGUUUUAUUGUGUCUGGUAAUGCUUUAUUUAAUAGUUCUGUUCAGCUGGUAUGUAUUAGGAAAUGACAUGGCAUGCAAUUGAUACGUUUUGGUCCUUAUUUGAAAACCUAGUGGUAGUAUUAGAAUAUUAUUAAGUGAUAAUAAUGUAACAUGUAUGCUGUGACCAUGUUUUAUGUACUUAGAAGGCAAAUAGGGGAUGGUCAAAUAGAGUGUAACUGGGUUUCUUCUACAUGUGCUCAUUAAGAUGUUGUUUUUUACAAAGUCAGAAUGUCUUUUAGAUUUACUGUAAGUCUACUAUUGAGUAUGCUACUAGAUCACAUGCUUUCCAGGUUAAUUCGGUUUCGGCAACGUGACCUCUGUUAGAAAUUCAAUUACAUUUAAUUUGUUCUUUUAGUACAGACAAAUGUAAUCCUCCGAUUUGGGGAAUUAAAUUUGAUUAUUUUCUCGUAAUGCCACUGUAGCUUUGGAAAUCCCCCUGUUGUUUUGGUGUGUGUGUGUAUCUGUGUCUGUGUGCUGUAUACGUGUGUGUGUGUGUGUGUGUACCUUUGCGUGCGACUACCACUCCAACUAUAGUUGGUCACUGAGCCACAAUGUGUUUAAUGAUACAUCACAAACAGAACAAUUGUUAAACUCUGACCCCUGAAUGCUGUUUACCUCAGUGAGGGUCAGGAAAUAGUAGUAGUGUGGUGGUGCAGUGUGUCCCGAAUGACACCCUAUUCCCUGUAUAGUACACUACACAGAACACAGGGUGCCAUUUGGGACGUAUACAGGGUAAUUUAAUAGGGUUUUACGGGGGGAAUUCGAUCGGCGGCAUUAGCCUUCAUUAGCGGGAGGGCCAUGUUUAACGAGGACUGACAAGGACGGAUAAAGUCACCCAUCGCCGAGAAGCGAAGGAGGGAGAUGGCAACAGUGAAGUGGACAGGGAAGGAGAGCGAGGGGGAGGAAGAGAGAGAUGGGGUGUGCGUGCGUGAGGGAGAGGGAGGGAGAUAGGGGUAUGGGGUGAUGCGGGUAGUGCUGGGCUAAGUCUCUGUAACAAAUAGGAACAACACCAUAGGAAACCAUCAAAACAAGCCGCUAUCAACAGUGGUAGAUCCCAAUGUUUAUUUAUUGUACCUCCUGUUGUUGCUACUCUUUUUUUGGGGGGGGGCAGGAAUGCGUAAACUGGUCAUAUUUAUCUUGCCAUAAUGAAAUUCCGUGAAUGCGUUUGUGUUUGGGAGAUUGUCAAAACGUUGCGAGAUUGUCAAAACAGAUUGUUGUACUCAGAACAACAGGUCCAACCAUAGAUCUUCCACUGCCAAAGGGUCGAAGCAAAACAAUUAUUUAAAGCACUUUGGACACCGUUCGCCGGAUUCCUGCAAUAGUUUCCCCCUCACCUCUAACCCUACCACUAUAAAUUGUGACUCCGUGUUCGUAUAGGAUACGAGGGAGCCACUAUAGACUUUUAGCACCUGUCUUAUCUUCCUCGCAAUUAAUAAUACUAGCAAAUGAGUUGCCGCUGCGUAUCUGUGCAUUUGACCUUAGUCAUGCUUUUUGAAGAGCAAAUACAUCAGUAUUUAGACUAGUUGUUGUCUGACUGUAACCCAAUUUGUUUCAUUAUAGAUACAUGAUUCAUCAAAAGUUUAUGAAUUGUACCUACUUCCUCAUACAUCUCUAAACUACAUUCAUUUGCAUAUUCCUUCCCUCCUGACCUAUAGAACACCCUGGAUGCCUACCCCUGUGGUUCGGACCACACCCCCAGUCCAAUGGCCAGCCGGGUGCCGGUGGAAACCGAGCCCAUAUUGGACAGCCCGUCCGCCCGUCUCACCGCAGUGGCUGUCAGCGUGAGGGUGGGACAUACCAUCGCCUUCCUGGGGGACUCCAAGGGGAACCUGCGCAAGGUAGAGACCAUAGAGAUCAAACUAAUGGGGGGUUUAUAUCUAUGGUAUAGGGACCACCUUCAAUACAGAUCAAAAUAAGAUUACAUUGACAGGACUCUUUAUUACUAGAUCAGGACUCUUUAUGAAUUUAGGCCCUGACUGGACAUGUCCUUUGCUGGUUGUUUUUGUGUAAAGUACAUUCCAUUGCAUGAAGUGAGCCUUUGAUAAUCUGUAAAUAACUGCAGCUCUAGAUAUUCACAAACUGCCGCACACACACAUGCAUGCACGCACGCACAACACGCGCCAAGAGGUCAGAAAUAGCAUCUUCCGUAGUAGCACAGACUUUAAUAGCAGGAGCAGACCGGCUCAGGUAACUAAUGCAUCUGUCUUAAUUGGCUCUGGGUGCUUUUGCAUUUUCCUGGACCUGCCAGAUAACACUAGUACUGUUGUUAUGGACAAUGAGACCUCUUCUCUUUCUCUCUCCUUUUCUUCGGCUGGUCUUUCUUCCCCUUACUUCAUUUAUUUGUGUUGUCCUGUUUCGUAAAAUGUAGUCGUAGUCCUCCAUUGUUUGGGAGAAAGCCCUGUAAAUGACUACAGGGAAAGGCAGUAUUGGUCCAGCAUGGACCAGGCCACUGAUAGAAGAAGGGCAGCAUAGACUGAAACUAUUGUUAACCAUACACGCUAUGAGGGGGAUAUUCGUACAUCCACCCUUUACCAUCCUCCGAUAUAGAGAACAGUGAACGGGCAUCUCUAUACAAACUCAACAGUCAUCAUUGUCCCAGAAUAUUAAGUCCAGGGAGUCCAUUGGGUUUCCAGUUUGGCUGGGAUAAAUCCAAUCCAUUGGUUUGCCAGUUUGGCUGGGACAAGUCCAGUCCAUUGGGUUGCCAUGUUGGCUGGAAUAAAUCCAAUCUACUGGGUUGCCAUGUCGGCUGGGAUAAGUCCAGUCCAUUGGCUUUCCUUAUUGGCUGGGGUCACAUGAAGCUGUUGUAAACAGGAGGCAUGGUUCUGUUCUGUCUGCUAGAUUUUUGUGUGGUACCAUCACCUGGUGCAGAGCAGAGGUGUCGUGUGGAGCUGUGUCUUCUGGGGUUCACGGACCAGGGCACACACAGGGGAGGGGGGGAAAGAACCUUUGGGUUAACAUGCCAGUGAUACACAGAGGGCUUGGGGGAAAAAACACCACACUUCAAAUAUGGUCUUGAAACACAUUAGGGCCAGGGAUUGAGUUUAUAUUACCCAAACAUGGGAAUUAGAGGGGUGAUGUGGUGGGGGGCUCAUAGGGUGAAUCUCAGUAGUUUAAAUUUGCUGUCUUGGUGGAAACCCACCAGUCGGUUUGCCUAUCACUGUCAGCGAAGCCACGUCAGAGUAUUUAAGCAUUACAAGUUCAUAGCAGUAGCGAGUUCUCUCACUCUCAGAAUGUCACUCGAGGAAUGGUGACUAGCGCUAACAAUUAGCGCUUUGUGUCAUUUUUGUCAAUGACUGCCCUGCGGUUGUGACCAGAGCGGGGUGGGGUAGAGUGGGGAAGGAAGCUCUAUCAGCACAGUAUUUUUGCAUACACUGACCAGAAAACAAACACCACUGGCCAAUGUGGCCGUGCCUCAUCAUGUCUGGCUAAUAGCACUCCAUGACUCAGGGCUUUGUUGUGUGUGUCACACUCCGUGUGUGUAACAGUGCACAGACGCUGACUAGUGGCAACUAGAUGGUAAAAACCAGCGUUAUAAAUAGAAGGCCCUAUUCUCUUUUCAUAGACUUAUCAGUCCUCACACACACACUGCCUAAUUCUGUGAAUGAAGUCCCUAACUGUAGUCCUAGAACUCUAUAUGACCCUGGGACAAACUAGACCAUUGCCUGCCAUUGUGCCCUUGAGCAAGCCACAUAAACCCAUACAAUUGCUCUAGGGGUGCUGCACUGUGGCUGACCCAUUGCUUCCAGCCCCUCGGUGUGAGAGUGUGUGUGUGAGUGUCUCGGGGGGUUGGGUUGUGAGCAUAAAAGGCACAUUUUCAUUCUCUGUAAGUUAAUUGAUAAUAAAGUACAUAUUAUCUUAUAUAUAUGCGUCUCUCGCUAGCAUAUUACUGCACGUGACUGAUACUCACUAGGUGAAUUGUCAGUGAAAGAGAUAUUUGUUGAAAGUGGGAUUUGUUUAAGCUCUAUAACUAGUACAGAUUUGAUAUUGGGAAAUCGAUUGAUUUGUAUUGGCCAUCAAUGCGAUUUCAUUGUCACAAAUGUCGUAUUAACUUCCUGGAGGCCAAAAGUCGGAAGAAAGAGCAAUGACAUCCAGUUUUUAAAAAAAGCCACAUUUCCCCCCAAAUUAACAAAUGCUACACGUCACAAACCAGUAUGACAGGGAGAAUGAGAAGGAGCAAGAGGCAUAGAAAGAACGUGUGUCUGUUUCAAUCUGUGAAAGUGUGUGUGUGUCUAAGUUGGUUUGUUCUGUACUGUAUGUGUGUGUCCAGGCGGGGCCACACACAGACACAGAUGAUGGGGAGGUCGAGAUAUGGGCCAAGAUUUUGCCGUGAUGAGAUAAUCCUAUUCUAUUGGAUGGUGGGGGGGAGUUUUGGGUCAGCUGUGCCGUCGCAUGUUCUUUGAUCCCGGCGUUCAUCAAAGGCUUUGACUGUCCAGGCUCUAAUAACAGCAAUUUAGCCCACGCUAGAUCACUAUUAGUUCCCCCAACAUGGCAACCCGACAGAACAGAUGGGUCAGACGGGUUGCCAGACAUGAAACAACCGAUUUAAAUUAGAAUUCCCCCUCUUCAAAGGGGAGCAAGCUUGGGCCAUUGACUCAUCAGAUCAGCCUUUCUUUUCAAGAAAUGCCAAGGCAAAUGUCUCUGCGUUUCUUGAAGAAAUACACGCCUGCAUUGAAAUAAUAUUCAGACAGUUGCGUGCGUACACACACACACACACACACACACACACACACACACACACACGUCCAAACCCAAAUCGGGUGUGUAUUGGAAAGAGAGCGAGAGGAGAGCGAGAAAAAGAGAUGAGGAUGACUGAGUGAACAACAUCUACUUACAAACAAUUACCCUGUCGCCAUGUUCCCAGUUGACCUCUUCAAGACAAACAUUUCGAUUGGCAUCCCAACUCAUCCAAACAGUGCAUCUUUAUGCUUUCAGCAGACUUAUGAUGUUUCACCAUUAACUCCUCUCCAAAACCAUUGUGACUCAAAAUACUUCAAAUACCAACAGAAUUCAAUUUAGCACGCUUGUUAUUCCUAAUGGCUGUAUUUAACAGAUCAUGCUAGGCUAUUUGUCUCCCUGGCUAUUGAAUUAUAGAACUAGGGGUAUGUGUCACAUUAAAAUAGAAUUUCUAAUAACUUUUUACGAAAAUUAUAAAAUAUAGAUUCUGUAAUAUUGUAGCGAUCCUCUCUAAUGAGCCUACAUUACAAUUUCCUCAAGUGGGCUAACCCUAUUGUAUGUUUUCCUUUCACACAAGUGACCCGAGUUCUAUUAUCCCCCCAUCCGUUUGCUAUAAUGAAAUUAAAUGUACCUUAUGGGUUUCUUAACCAUUGGUUUGUGUGUGCUCCAGGUGUUCCUGGGCCCUAACGGUGAGGUGGAGGAGUACGCUGUCGUCUCCAUCCAGGCCAACACAGCCAUCAGCUCUGACCUGGUCCUGGAUCAGUCUGAGGAACACAUCUUCAUCAUGACCGCCACCAUGGUACAGUACACUAGCCUGGUCCCAGAACUGUUGGUGCUGUCUUCCUAACUCUCUCUGGUCAGUGUCUGUGUGUCACAGUUGAAUCCCACUUCUGACACCAACAGUACACCCACAUCACAACAACUGUGUAUUUUCCCCUCCAUUCACACAGGCACCAUGGCAACAAGUGUCUCUCAUAAAAUACUAGUUUAUAGUUAAUAGCAGCAUUUCCCAAACUCGGUCCUGGGGACCCCAAGGGGUGCAUGUUUGGGAAGCGCUGGCAUAUAAUUAUCUCUUUAAGCCUGGGGACGGGUUUACGUUUAUAGUAAUCACUCAAUCCGCAGUACCAAUAGGCUAGGACUUGGCAACAUUUUCACCACAUUGCUUAUAUCUAUCCAACUAUCCCUUCAGCUACCCAGUAAGUGAUUACAGUUGUGGUCAAAUGGGUCUCCUUUGUCUCGGUUAAGAGCUGUGUCAUCAUUUGCAAUGCGUUGGACAUAACGUAAUGAUGAAUAUUCCCUGUUGUUUUGUUGUGGUCACAGCUGCAGAAGAGGCCAGUGGCAGAGUGCCACGAACACCUGGACUGCCAAGCCUGUUUGUCGGCCCACGACCCCUACUGUGGCUGGUGUGUCCUGGAGGGGAGGUGAGCGACUCAUUCUGAGUAAUCCAAUGGAUUCCGUCACAAAUUACUUUUAUUGUCAUGAAAUCAGUCAUCUUUAACAGAUUACAUUUUUCAAGUAAUCCACCCAACCCUGGCUCUGGUUAAAGGGUUGACAUAUCAAACUAUUGGCCAGAGUUUUCCAUUGUCAGGUCAAGCACACUGGAAAAACUCAGGUCAUUACAGAUUCUCAACACAGUCAGAGAAGGUAUUUGUGGUACCACGCGUAUUUACUCAGGGGGGUUGCUAUGAGUAAUGAUGCAAUGAUGUGGUCCUCUGUAGCUCAAUUGGUAGAGCAUGGCGCUUGUAACGCCAGGGUAGUGGGUUCGAUCCCCGGGACCACCCAUACGUAAAUAUGUAUGCACACGACUGUAAGUCGCUUUAGAUAAAAGCGUCUGCUAAAUGUCAUAUUAUUAUUAUAUUAUUAUUAAGAGCAUCAUCUCUUUACCAUCUGUUUCCCUCUUUCCCUCCGUCUCCCUCAUCCCCAUCUCACCCCCCUCUCCCUUCUUUUCCUGCACCUUGGCCACCUGUCCUCCCUCCUUUUUCUCUAUUUUUCCAGCUAAUGUUAGCUAAUGUUAUCUAGUGUUAGCUAAUGUUAUCUAGUGUUAGCUAAUGUUAUCUAGUGUUAGCUAAUGUUAUCUAGUGUUAGCUAAUAAAUAAAUAAUAAUAAUAAUCUUUAUGUUAAAGCUAAUGUUAUCUAGUGUUAGCUAAUGUUAUGUAAUGUUAUCUAGUGUCAGCUAAUGUUAGCUAAUGUUAUCUAGUGUCAGCUAAUGUUAGCUAAUGUUAUCUAGUGUUAGCUAAUGUUAUCUAGUGUUAGCUAAUGUUAUCUAGUGUUAGCUAAUGUUAUGUAAUGUUAUCUAGUGUCAGCUAAUGUCAGCUAAUGUUAGCUAAUGUUAGCUAAUGUUAUCUAGUGUCAGCUAAUGUUAGCUAAUGUUAUCUAGUGUCAGCUAAUGUUAGCUAAUGUUAGCUAAUGUUAUCAACUCGCCUGUUUUGCUGUCCUCCUUCCACAUUUACUUCAUUUUUCCUUUCCAUUUCUCUUGCUCCCAUCACAAUGGUGUAGCCGGUCCACACUCAAAAAGGAGAUUCAAGGAUUCUUAGUAUUCUUUGUAAAUGUAAAGCUAAUGUUAGCUAAUGUUAUCUAGUGUCAGCUAAUGUUAGCUAAUGUUAUCAACUCGCCUGUUUUGCUGUCCUCCUUCCACAUUUACUUCAUUUUUCCUUUCCAUUUCUCUUGCUCCCAUCACAAUGGUGUAGCCGGUCCACACUCAAAAAGGAGAUUCAAGGAUUCUUAGUAUUUCUUUCAUUCAGGGGUAGGUAGAUAGACAAACGUUUCAGCCUUCGUCAGUGUCAUCACCUCUUUGGCCCCGAUUCCCCUGUUGCUCUUUCCCGUUCUCCCUCUCUCUGUCCCUCCAUUUCCCCUCUCCCUCCCGUCCUUCUUUCCCUUCUAAUCUUCUCCUCCCUCUUCCCCUCCACUCUCCAUCUACAUCCUGCCUUUUUAUAGAGAUAUGAUGCUGAGGUCAUAAUGUAUCUAUUACAGUAUGAUAUGAUAACAUAGUGUAUGCAGUAUUGUAUGAUAGUAAUCUGUUGUAUGUGUAGGUGUGGGCAGAAGUCUCAGUGUUCACACGGGGCUCAGGCGGGCCAGUGGCUGUGGAGCUUCGACAUGGAGCAGCAGUGCCUCACCAUCCAGUCCCUCAGCCCCUCCAACAUCAGCCGCGAGGAGAAGAGACAUGUACGUGUGUGUGUAUAUGUGCAUGCGCGUCUUUGUCUCUGUGUCUGUGUGUGUGUGUGUGUGUGUGUGUGUGUGUGUGUGUGUGUGUAUAUGCAUUUGACUGCAUGUGUGUCUGUGUGUGUGUCCAUGUACAUGGGUAUGCGAGCACAUGCUUAUAGAUAGUGCAUUCCUUUAUGUCCACACUGUACAUGGGAGUUAGUUUUAGCCUGGCUGGCAGGGUGUUUGCUCGUUUUACUUCCUGUGUUACAGCAGAGAUCAGAGAUGGUUAUCAGACUCGGUGCUAGCUGCCCCUGUCUCAACAUCUAGUAGAAACACAAACAGUAUAAAUCAUGUAUUAAGUGAUCCGGCUCUGGACAGCUUUACAGAUAAUUCAUGUGAGGUGAUGUAUAUCAUCUGACAUUGGGGAAGGAGGAACGGUGGAUUAAUAGUGGGAGGAAGGGGAGGCUCCUUGGACAUGUCCAAGUAAACAUGCAAGGCAUGACCUUGGAUGCGUCUCAAUAGUUUACAAAAAAGCAGAUAAACAUGCAAGGCAUGACCUUGGGUGCAUCUCAAUAGUUUAAAAAAGCCUCCUCUGCUUUAUCUGCGCUGAUUUGAAAUCGGGGGGUAGGUGAAGGUGAUAUGGUGGAUUCUUCUGGAGGAUUUGCUUUUUGAAUCUGCUCACAUCAAUGCGGUGGGACGGAGGGGGCGAGGGCGAGUUUGGACUGUUGAGAUGCUGCUUGUCAGUGAUGACAAAGCUCCUCGAGGGAGACUCAAUCUCUCCUCAGUUUCUCAGCCCUUCAACAACAUCUCUGUGAAAUCCAGAUAAAUCCAGAUCUUACCGAAUGUAUCAAGUUCAAACCAGUUAUAUCAAGCCAACGUCCAAUUAGUGUUCCUUGAGAUCCUGAAUUUUGUUGAAAUGCAGAUCCAUUCUUGCAGAGCCGAGCCAGGUCGUUCAUACUCUUUCUCUUUCCCUCUCUCUCUCUCACAUCCUCCCCCUCUUCUCCCUACCUCCCUUAGAUUGCUCUAUCAGUCCCGGGCCUGCCCAUCCUAGAAGAGGACAACUCAUACUCCUGUUUCUUCCAUGACACUGAGAGUCCUGCCACCGUUACCGAUACGGGCGUCACCUGCCUCUCCCCCGACCCCCACAGGGUGCCAACUGUGCCCCCCGGACAAGGUGAGUACCAACGGGGUGAGAUGAUCAGCGGGUACUGGGCAUUCAACCUGCUUCUCCAUACUGUUUACACUCACACACACUGAGGUUCAUGGGUUCAUUAAAGUGUGUGUGUUGCUAUACAAGCCGAUCAGCCUCUAGCUCCACCCUAAGCAGCGAUAUCCUAUCCUAUGUCCUUAGAGAGCAGAUGUGUGUUGCACCCCAAUCCUCUUUGGCUCCCAGUUUACACAGCAGGGAGUCAUCUCCAUCUCCGCCGGUCCGGGUAGCAGCUAUAGCUAGUGAUUUUUAAAUUCAUUUAACAAUUCAGCCAUCAUCUGCCUAUGCGUUUUGAUGCACUCUUCCAUCAUUUUGUCUGGGAUAGUCUGCGAUGGUUCAGUUGCGUGCUUGGAGCCGUCGAUUUGUUUUGGUUAGUCAUCUUGGAUAUAUUAUGGGGAUGAACUGUUAGUCGAAUGCCGAUUUAAAAAAGCAAACGUAUACGCUUGCGGGUAGUUGGCCGUAUGAAUGUACACACACCUUCACACACCAGUGAACUCCUCUUUCACCCCCCCCCCCCCACCUCUCCUUUCUCCCCUCCGUCCCUCCCUCCAUCCAUCUACUAUUUUUUCAUCCCCCCAUCUCUCUCUCUCUCCUUGGUUCCCAUGAAAAUCGUUCCUGGACCAAGGAGGUUUGUUGUGGUUGUCAGGCCGUGGGGGUUAAGUAGUUAUGCCCGUCUGCCUGGGGGUAUUAGUGAACAGACACACACAGGGGGGAUCCACUGAUCCCACAGGUAUUACAGGGAGAUCUCUGUGUGUGAGACUGUGUGUGUAUAUGGAGUUAAUUUGUGCAUAUAAGCACGUGUGUGUGUGUGAUCUGCGGGGGGUUCAAAUGGGAUCUUGGGAGUAAAGAGAGUCCAGCCGUACUCACAUAAUGUAAUCGUGGUUUAGUUCAUAGUCUGAACCAUUAAUUCAUUAAGCAGAUGCUCUUAUCCUGUGAUUAGAAUAAGGAAGAUCAUCUUGUUACUUGGAAAAUGACUCAAGAUUGUAUUAAGUGAAUUGAUACAAUCCAAUUGCAUGGACCCAGCUCCCGAAAAUAUUUCUGUGCACGGGCUAGUAAGUGUGAGGGAAUACACGUAUACAAUAUUUACAUGCCCUUAUGUGUGUGUGUGUGUGUCUGUGUGUGCAAUCAGUGCGCUUCAAACUUCACACACAGUGGGCCCCACAGACCUGAACUCCUCCCUCUGCACUGUUUACGUCUGGGGCUUUGGGGCUACAGAUGGAUUUUAUUAGAACUCUGUUAUGGCUCUUCACUCGGCCAAGCGUACUCUCAGGCACUGUCCCAAAUGGCACCCCGUUUCCUACAUAGUGCACUACUUUUGACCAGGGCCCAUAGAGCUCUGGACAAAAGUAAUGCACUGUAUAGUCAAUAGGACACUAUUUGGGGCGCAACGUCUCAAUCUCACGUUCUCCCCUCCUCACACUGUUUUGAAGACACAGUGCUUUCAUUCGGACAGACCGACACGGCCAAGUCUCUGUCUCUCAAACCUUCAGAACAGAGUAUUUUCAGAAAGCUUGGCACGGUGUUCGGGUAGGGAUCCUGGGGAAGUGAAACACAAUCUUUUCUCUUUCUCUCCGUUUCGCUCUCUCCUCAGAUUUUGUCACGGUCACCCUGUCCCUGCGCUUCGGUGAUGUCAUCGUCACGGCGACAGAGUUCACCUUCUACGACUGUACCGCAGUCAAGCAGCUGUCUGGGAGCGUGCCGUGAGUUGGCCCACCACUCUCCCUCUUUUUCCUACUCUUGCUCAGUAUUUUCUCUCUCUUCCUCUCUCUCUUUCUCUCCGUCUCCUCUCUCUUUCUCUCUGUUUCUCUCUUCAUUUCGAUAUCCAUUUCUGCCCUUCUGUCCCCUUCAAUAGGGGCCUCUCUCUUGCUCUCAAUUUUUCUCUCCCUCUUGGGCUGAUUGACCUGGGUCUGUUGAACCUCUGUACUGCACCACUUGGAACCGCUUAUAGCAUCUUCCAAUCCCCUUGCUCCAUUCUAAACCUUUUCUAAACCUAUUGUACUCUCUUUUCCCUCUCAUUUAUACUAGGGAGAACCUGUGGUUAUUAUGGCUGCAGGCACCUGACCCUUGCCCUCCACAUGCCUCCUCCGCUCUCUAGUCUGGUUGAUAUUAAAACCACAUCUCAGAGACAUCUCCAUAUAUGUCCUGCAGGAAAACUGUCUGCACGUGAACGGACCCAGCUAGAAUAAUAGGAGUAGGAGCCACAUUUCUUCAGAGAAAAAUGAAACUUAACUGUCUUUAUAAUCGUCCCUCAGGUGUUAUCAAUCUGUUCAACUUUUUGGUUUCUGCCUUGCAUGUUUUAUUCCCUAUAGAUAGUGAUAGUUGCAAACUUCACACUGGUGCAAAACCCUUAUUAAAUCAAAUCAAAUUGUAUUUGUUACAUGCGCCGAACACAACUGGUGUAGACCUUAGUGAAAUGCUUACUUACAAGCCCUUAACCAACAAUGCAGUUUUAAGAAAAAUAACUGUUAAGUAAAAAAUAGAUAAGUAAAUAAAUAAAAUAAUAAUAAUAAUUAAAGAGCAGCAGUACAAUGACAGUAGGGAGGCUAUAUACACGGGGUACCGGUACAGAGUCAAUGUGCGGGGGCACAGGUUAGCAAUACAUUGGAUACAGUUGUUGUCAGAAGUGGGAUAUCUGGCCAUAGGAGUGCCUUGUCAAGCUCUGUCUAGCAAUGCUAAUAUUCACUGCAUCAGUUGGGCUGUGUUAGCCAUAAAUAUGGAUAGAGGGCACACUUGACCACAAAAGACUGAUAGCAUGGGCAGCGCCAUGGUGGGCACUCUAUCCAUCUCUAUGAUGUUAGCACAUACACUCACUCAAUGAUCCUCUUUCUCCUCUCCUUUCCUGGUACACGGUUCAGAGCACUCCGACUAGGAACCAGCGACCGGUACUUUAUUCAAUUAAAUGAUUGACCUUUUUUUACCACUGGCCCUAGAUUGCCAGCAAUUGGAUUGCGCUGUGGGCCAGGCUUGCUCUCUCUCUCUUCCUCUCCUUCCUCACAUUUGUCUAUCUUUCUGUCAUCUCCUUUCUUUCAAUACCAUCUCACUUUCUUUCUCUCUAUACCCCCCUCCUACUCUCCCCCCCCCCUCUUUCUUUCUCCUCUCUCUCUCUCAUUGUAGUAGUGUUAGUAUGGUCACUGAUUCCUGCACUGUUCCUAUAGUUGCCGUGGUUGCGUGUUGAGUCGCUGGGGCUGCAACUGGUGUGUCCACCAGCACACCUGUACCCACAAGCCCACCUGUGACAAGGGGGUCAUCAUCUACAAUGAACACGUAAGUCACACACACAGCGACAAUGGUCAGUUAGCUAGAGGUCAAACAGCAUGCUGUGUGCAUUCUGAAAAAGGAACUGCCAGCCUGGCUAUGUUGUUCGCUGUAGAGUUUGGUCCACCUAAUGCAACCUAGUGACAUGGUAAGGCUGGUUGGGGCUGAUCAAUUGUAGCUGGUUGAGUGAAAGAAGGUCUCUAAUGAGAACACAAACUGUUGGGAGUCAUUAAUAACCCAACACUAAUUUUCUCACUGCUCCUCAUGUCCCAAAACAAGCAUACAUCCGAUAUAACUAAUAAUCAUCUCCAUUUUGCGUAUGUGUCGCCAACCAAAUGCAUGAGUUGUGUCAUCAUUGAUGGUAACACUGACAACAUUCAGGAUAUGUGUUUCACAUCCAAUUUGAGUUUUUCAGUCAACUUAUGAGUUUGUUUAUUUCUGUCUCACCCUCUCCCCCAUGUCUUCCCCCUUUACCCCCCUCCACCACCCAGUUUAAACUCCCCACCUCGGCUCCUCCCACAACUAAAGCCGUAACUAUAACAACGACUUCCCCGUCCACAACCGUGGCCCCCACAACAGCAACUGUGCCCCCAACAACGACAACAACAACCACACCCCCAACAACGACAACUACCACAAUUUCAACAACUAUCGCCACGACUACAACAACCGAAGCCGCAACCACCAUAGCGACCACCGAGGAGCCUACGACAACAACCCUGCCUACAACCGUCCCCACAACCACCACCCCAGAGCCGACUACACCGCCCACCACUGUUAUGUCAACGGAGGCCCCCACCACUCUUCCCCCGACAACGGUAGUCGAGGCUACAACGCCCAUGCCUGAGACCACCACCAGUGAGGAAGAGGAGCAAACGACCGCAGAAGAGCUCUUUGCAGAGGCUGAAACUGAAAGUGAAACUGAAGGACCUGUGGUUACCCCUGGUGACAUGGAGCUUGCCGCUGAAACCGAGGUGGCGACAGUUAUGCCUGAAGACGAGCAGCCGUCCGAUGAUCUCGCCAUCCUAAACCCCCUGGCGUUCCCCCCCGAGACAUCCCCAUUGGAAGUGGUCACCACGUCCCCCCCUCAGGAACUGGACGAGGCUCUGACUCUGGCCAAGCCCCCCAUGGAGGUCCAGCCCACCUCUGGCAGCUACCCCUUCCCGACCCCCUUCCCCCUGUGGGAACCGGCCGACUCGGAGCCCACCUUCCACCUGGACCUGACGAGAGCCCACUUCCCGCCUCCGCUAGAGCCCCUCCCCCCCACUGAGGCGGAGGGCCAGGGCGCCGAACCGGAAGUGCUCCUCUGGCCCAGGGAGGAAGUGGAGGAGGAGACAGAGGGCACAGCAGCUGAGAACGACACCAGCGCCGCGUUUUCGGCCGCCACCGUGCUUUCAGGGGACGGAGAGGCAACUGACUCCCCUUCGGCCUCUGCCUACCCCCGGCUUCUUGGCGCCAACUUAGAGCUGGACUACCAGUACGACUCGUCCGACACCUUCCUGCCGGUGAGUUCGAGUUCCCCUGGAGCUUCCAUGGCCGCCGUUCUCCCAGCUCUUGACUGGACACAGCUCUCUAGAAUCCCACUUCUGACACCAAUUGCCAGAAUCCCCGAUCUCCCCUUAUCCCCUUGCAAUUCCUCACUGUUUUGAUUUCAUUGUUGACAUUGCUUUGGCUUUUGGAAAUCGACCUGAAAAAAUGGCUGCGUCAGCAUAAGCUGGAGCAGUUGCUUUUUUGUGAAUGUUUUCAUAUGUUUUAUUGUUUGUUAGGCCAUUUUAAUAGUCCAUUAUUACAUAAAAAAAGCCUAUGACAUCCUUAUAACUUAACUGUCAAUUUCUUAUGGGUUGAUGGGAUUUUCAGAAAUGUGCGAUAGCUUGCGUUGGUUGGAGUGUGUGUGUCCUUGUGAGUGUAUGUGUAUGUAUCUAACACAACUGUGUGUGUGGGGAAUGUAGGGGGACGAGGGCUCCUAUGUGAGUUGGGGCUCGUCUGCUUGCCCCUGUGUGGAGAAGGUCCAGGGUUCGCCUCUGUUACCAGUCAGAGUGGAGAGGAAGAUCACGCUACUCGCCCGAAACCUCCACCUGUACCAGGUAACACACACACACACACACACACCUACUCCGGGGUCUGGGGCAAUUACAAAAGUCAGGAUUUCAUUUGAUUUUGAGGAAGUUAUCUGUUAACAAUGCCCCUGUUGAAGUUUAAACAUGGCUUGGUGUGUGUGUGUGUGUGUGCAGGACAGAGACCUGGACUACGAGUGUGUGUUGGUGAUCGAGGGCCGUACAGUGGUGGUGGAUGCCUAUGUGGAGAUGGACGAGAUGAACCCGUCUCUCUUUGACAUCACCUGUCAGCUGCACCAGGUCAGACUCUAUCCCAUACUCACUCACUGCCAGCUUGGAUGAAGAGUUAGUGUAAUCUUGUCAGUUGCUUUAAUAUGUCUCUGUUCCAAUAGCCACACUACAUUACCUAGAAUGAUGAAAUAUAUUGGCGUGCAUUCUAAGUGGUAUGAAAGUAUGGGACUUUGGAUUUACCCUAUAUGAUUAUGUUUUUGUACAUGGAUUUGUUAUACUUAAACACUUUUGAUUUAUGUGUGUUAAACACUGCUGACACUGCAGCCCACUGUAGUUUUACUUUCUGAUCACUGUUAUAUCCCUUUCUUUUUAAUAUGAAAAUGUUGAAGUUUCUAUGGUUUCUGUUGAAACUCUAUCUGCCUCGCAAAUGGCACCCGUUUCCUUUUGUAGUGCACUCUACAGGGAAUGUGGUGCCAUUUGGGGGACACCCUCUGUCUCUAAGUUUCUAUGGAAACUUUAGUACUCUUGAAGUUUCUAUGGAAACUUUAAUGACUAAUUCUCGCUGCAGUAUUCCUACUCUGCCCUGGUGGAGGAGUACAACGCCAUGGUGUACGUGAAGAGGCGGGACACCUUCCACGUGGACAGCUCUCACGAUCUGUAUGGUGAGCCCCGGCGCUAGAGCACUGAGGAACAGCUGCUGCCAUCCCAGACAGCUUUCAGCCAUAACAAUGUUUUUCUAUUUCACUUCUGUAUCAAACAUAUGGUCCCGAGAAACUGUUCUCGCAUUUUCCGUUUUCACACCCGUCCCCAAGGACCUGGUAGCACGAGUUGUGUGAUGUUUUUAUCACGCUGUCUUCUGUUUUGUACACACACACAAGCAUGCAAGUGUGCAAGCAUGCAUGCACUCAGACACACACGCUCUACAUCUCUCUCCCCCCGUGACUGUAUUCCUCUUCCUCUCACUCUCUAACAUCUUUCUCUCACAGACACUCAAUCAACUCGAACUCUAAACUCAUUCAACAUACUGUAAACUCUCUCACACAGUCUGUAUAACUCUCUCUCUCUCUGUUCCUCGCAAUGACUCUGUUCAACUGUACACACUAGAUGUAUCAUUUUCCCUCAGCACUCUACAACUCUCCUUCAGACUCAUUUAAACUCAACUGUCAAGUUUAGCAGGUUGACUAUAGUUUGCCUCUCUCUCCCUCCCAGUGACUCUGUACAACUGUUCAGUGGGGCGUUCGGACUGUAGCCGGUGUCACACGGCGGACCAGAAGUACGGCUGUGUGUGGUGCGGAGGGGGCCAGUCCACCUGUCUCUACAGAGACUCCUGCAGCGAGCCUAUUGAACAGACCUGCCCCGCCCCCGUCAUCCAUGCUGUGAGAAUCCCCCUAUCAAGGGUUCAACGCUCAGGACUUAUUAUUGCUAAUUGAUUUACACUUAGUAACACGUUUUUUAAACACUUAACACUUAUUGCUCAUUGAUUUACACGAAGUAACACGUUUUAACACUUGAACUUGAAUCCUCCUGUCAUUUGGCUCAUAAAGCAUUUUCACUGUAAAAGAUAAGUCAGAUGUGAUAAACAGUCAUAUACAGUUGUGACAGCUGAUGUCAACUUAUGAACUAACUAACUUAGUUUUCUAACGUUCUAGUUUUCUAUCUAUCACAAUUUGCUCAGUUUAUCUUCACUAGAAUAUUUGAUAGUCCUAUAUAGAGAUAUGAGUAAUAUAUAGAGAUAUCUUAAUAGUGUUGAGGCUUAUGUUGGAGGAUAUGUUUGAAUCCCCCCCCCCCCCCGUGUUAGAUCGAGCCCCUGUCAGGUCUGGUGGAGGGGGGCACGGUGGUGACCAUCUCAGGGUCAAACCUGGGCCAGAAGGCUGAGGACAUUCUGCACUCUGUCACUGUGGCUGGGGUUUCUUGCUCUGUCAUCCCCCACCUCUACGAGGUCUCCUCCAGGUAAGGACUGUAAAUGAGAGUGUGUGUGUGUGUGAGAUGACUAUUUCUAUGAUGCAUUGUCUUACAUCUGUGUGUUUUCUGUAGGAUCGUGUGUAAGACUGAAGCCAGCGGGGGAGAGAAGAUGGGCCAGGUGUCAGUAGAAGUGAGCGGGGGAGAGUUUGGCCUCUCCAGCCAGAGGUUCAGUUACCAGGACCCGUUUGUGAUGGAGGUGUCCCCCCAGAGGGGUCCCAUGGCGGGGGGAUCAUCCCUUACCAUCACUGGGAGGAACCUGCUCACAGGACGCCCUUCUGACAUCACUGUCACUGUGGGAGGAGUGCCCUGUGUCAUGUGAGUGGUAAUGAAUCACACACUCAUGAACACAAACAUUCAUUAAUACAGACACAUAGACACAAGCACACUCAUUCAUAAGUAUGCACAUUCAUACGCACAAACACACACACACAGAGCCAUUGAUACAUUAUCCUAUUAGCAGUAUUGUAGAACUUCUCGGUUCUCAACUACCCUCCCUCUCCUCCUGUUCUCUCCUCCCCCCAGUUUGUCAAAGGUCCAGGAGGGCAGUGUGGUGUGUGUGACGGGCAGCAGCAAUGGGACGGGAGAGCACCGCGUGACGCUUCGCUAUGGCAACAGCCAGCGCCACCUCCACGAGUCGGCCUACCGCUACACCCCCAACCCCAACAUCACCCAGGCCGCGCCCGCCAAGAGCUUCCUCAGGUGUGUGUGUGUUUGGCCCCACUCCUACACAGAAACUGUAUAUUUCAGAAGCCUAGAAUUGGGUAUGACCAUAGAAAUUGAAUUAGAAGAAGGGGCAAAGACCCUUAGACCACGUCAAUUAGACUGAAACACUUGGAGACACUGAAUAUGGCCACCGAUCCACCAAUCAUAGAACAUAGUGCAAGUUUCCUUCAGACCAGUGUUAUGACACAUCUCCUCCCCCUCUCUCUCUCUCUGUAGCGGUGGUCGUCUGGUCUUCGUGUCUGGCCAUAACCUGGAUGUGGUGCAGGAACCUAGGAUGUUGGUGACCGUGUCCCCCUAUGAGUCAAUCGGCCAGAGGAAGAGAAGGAGAAGGAGGAGGAGUGGAGGAGAAAGGGAGGAAGAGACUGAGGACAAGGUGCUGUUGAGGCAUCGCAGGAUCGUCCCGGAGCCCGAUUGCCCCGGCGACCCCCUAUGCUCCAUCAAACAGGUGUGUGGAUAGGGAGUGUGUGUGUGUGUGUUGUCAUCUUUAUGGUAGUUGUAACUGAGGAAGGAAUAACAUUCUGACUGUGUCAGGCUUUCCUCACUCAAUGAAAUCCCUAUCGCUCUCCCUCUCCCGUCCCUCUCCCCCUCUCCCCUCCCUCUCCCCUCCCUUUCCCUCUCCCCCUCCCGCACCUCUCCCUCUCCCCCUCCCGCACCUCUCCCUCUGCCCUCUAUCCUGGGCAGUGUUGGGAUUAACAUGAAAAGGUAAUAUUACGUAUUACUUGUUACAUGGGGGGAAAAGUAACUUGUUCCAUUACAAUAUUACUUUGCACAGAAAGUAACGCGUUACAUUACUUUGCGUUACUUCCAUGAACACAAUCUCAAAACCUCACUGUUUGUUUGUCUGUCAGAGGGAGCGAGGCAAGCUACAAACGCUCUACCAAAGAUAGGCUACUAAUGUCAUCUAAUUCAUUCAAAAAUAAUCUUCAACCCGAUCAGAAACAUCUUGAUCACAACUUUUAUUUCCUAAUUGGUGUAGCCUGAUGUAUUCACUGGUGCAUUUAUGUCCGAAUUUUGCAGAACAUUUGCGGUACAUAUUAUACAUUUACAUUUUAGUCAUUUAGCAGACGCUCUUAUCCAGAGCGACUUACAGUUAGUGAAUACAUAUAUAUAUAUUUUUUUUAUACUGGCCCCCCGUGGGAAUCGAACCCACAACCCUGGCGUUGCAAACGCCAUGCUCUAUCAACUGAGCUACAUCCCUAGGAUACACCCAUAGCAUGGCCCCUCCGUGACACAAGAUAAUAUUUUAUGCACACGUGAAAUAUAGGCUAAGCACUGUUGUUUUCAUCCAUUUACGAGACAAGAAAAAAAAAUAUUUCUGUAAUGUCAACCAUCAAUAAUUUCAUGUAGCCUCUUUUGGUUUGAUAGAAAACAAGUUGUCCCAGUUGAUAGCCUAAUCCACAACACUGCAGCAUACGGUAUGUGCCAGCGCACUGAUCAUGGAAUUGAAAGCCUGUUAUCUAUAGAAUGCGCGAUGAUAAUGUAUAUAAAUAGGCAUACAAAAUUAGUAGUAGACAAGGCUAUUUGCUGAAUCAUUUCAUGGUUACGGAUCACUUGGAACUGCUGUCAGAAGUUCCGGUGGGAAAGUUAGUUCAUUUUUUGUAUUUUUAGCCUAAUGAAUAUAUAUUUUUUUCUAUAAAUAGAAAGACCCUUUGGUCUAUACUUAUGUCAUCCUAUGAAAUUGAUUGUUAUGUUGCACAGCCAAACCUAAUAUAAACUAAACCUCUGUACAGAUUAUUUAUUUUUAUUCAAAAUCUUUCCCUCCAGCCGCCAGUGCUACUGUUGGGUAGCUAGACGGCACACUUGCCACUAGAUGGUGAAGCCAAAGAUAAUGGUGCUCCUAUUACAGAAGCUGUCAAUGGCAAUCAGAGGUGCGCCCUCUAUCCAUUUUAUGGACAGCUGUGACAAUUCUCCAAACAGCUUUCUCUGCUCGCUCGAGAACUAAAUGAGGAAACAAGCCGAGAUCAGAUCAUAGAAACACCACGCCUGGUGGGGAAAUAUUUUCUUAAAGUAACGUGAAGGUAACUGUAAUAAUAUUACCAUUUUUAUUUUUUUUGUACUCUGUUACUCAUUAAAGUAAUCUGAUUACUGUAACGCGUUACUUCUGUAACACUUUACCCCCAACACUGAUCCUAGAUUGCUAAAAACAAGCACUCUGUGACAACUGUCGAUGUAAAAAGAGCGUUAUAAAUACAUUUAAUUUAUUGAUAUCCCCUCCCCCUCCUCUCUAUCUCCCCCCUUCAGUACAUAGAGCGCUGCGAGGUCAACUCCUCCAGUCUGAUCCUGUGUCGGAGCCCAGCGGUGGAGCCCUCGGUGUGGGGCUCGCGGGUGGACGUGGCCUUCCUCCUGGACAACCUAGUGUUCCCGUUCGGUGCCGUCAGCCCCCAGGGGGCCUUCAGCUAUGAGCCCAACCCUGUGCUGCACCCGCUCAACCAGCAGGAGCCCCUCAAGCCCUACCGCUACAACCCAGGAAGCUUCAUUCAGCUGGAGGUUAGCAUUAGCUGCUACCUGCCACUCUCAACUUGUUAAAUUAGCUGCUGGAGGCUAGCCAGCUUUCAGGCUAACGGCAUGUACAGUUGACAGCUGGAGGUUAGCAUUAACCGCUAGCUAGUACUAUAAAGCCAAGGCAAAUGGAUAGAAUGUAAAAAGAAAAAUGUUUACUUUCCACUCAACUGGUAUUUAGAGAGAGGUCUCCUGGAAGGCCUUGCAGCUGAAAGCUGCAGUCAGAAAUAAAACGCUUUCAUUCUGUCCCCCUGGCUGGAGUUUAGGAGAAGGCUAGACUCCCAUGAGAGAUGGAGGAAAUAGAGGAUGGAAAUAGAGGAAUGUUCCGAAGACGAGGCUGGGAAUGCAAAAGUUUUGAUUCAAGCAUGAUGCUCAAUGUGGUAAUAUUGUCUAUAUUUCUCCCUCCCCCCUCCAUAGGGUGAGAACUUGGACCUGGCCAUCUCUAAGGAGGAGGUGGUGGUACUGGUGGGGGAGGGUGUAUGUUCCGUGAAGACCCUCACUAGGAACCACCUGUACUGCGAGCCCCCGCCCCAGCAGCCCGUCCCGGGACCUCCCAACGGCGGCAGGAAGCGCGAGGGCGCCGACACACUGCCCGAGUUCACCGUAAGUCCACCUUACUAUUGCCGUUUCCAUUCCUAUACACACUUUUGUUCCAAACAGACAAAAACACACAUUUCAAAACACACUGUCCCAAAGAUUGACAUUUCCCCAAAAUACAGUUCAAUACACAAGAACGACAAGAGAGUCCAUUCCAACACAAUAGUACUCUUUUCACACUACUGUGCUGACCAAAACUGUAGUGUGCUGGCUUGGAUUCUUUUCACUUUGUCUUUUCCAGCAUGGUUUCAGCAACUUUGGUGGAUGGAUGUGUAACCAGGCCAGCCCAGUACAGUUCCGCUUGGCUUGGUUUGUCCCUAUAGUGUGAAUCAGACAAAGGUUGACACACAUCUCAGUAGUCUCAAUUGGACUUCCAAGCCCCAGCUUGUACACGUUCUAUAUUGAACAGAAAUAUAAAUGCAACAUGUAAAGUGUUGGUCCCAUGUGUCAUGAGCUGAAAUGCUCCGUAUGCACACAUUUUGUGCACAAAUGUGUUUACAUCCCUGUUAGUGAGCAUUUCUCCUUUGCCAAGAUAAUCCAUCCACCUGACAGGUGUGGCAUAUCAAGAAGCUGAUUAAACAGCAUGAUCAUUACACAGGUGCACCGCGUGCUGGGGACAAUAAAUAGCCACUCUAAAAUGUGCAGUUUUGUCACACUACACAAUGCCACAGUUGUCUCAAGUUUUGAGGGAGGGUGCAGUUGGCAUGCUGACUGCAAGAAGGUCCACCAGAGCUGUUGCCAGAGAAUUGAAUGUUAAUUUCUCUACCAUCGUUUUAGAGAAUUUGGCAGUACGUCCAACUGGCUUCACAACCACAGACCACGUGUAACCACGCCAGCCCAGGACCUCCACAUCCGGCUUCUUCAUCUGCGGGAUUGUCUGAGACAAGCCACCAGGACAGCAGAUGAAACUGUGGGUUUGCACAACCAAAUAAUUUACUGCACUAAGCUGUCAGAAACUGUCUCAGGGAAGCUCAUCUGCGUGCUCGUCGUCCUCACUAGGGUCUUGACCUGACUGCAGUUCGGUGUCGUAACCGACUUCAGUGGGCAAAUGCUCACCUUCAAUGGCCACUGACACGCUCAAUAAGUGUGCUCUUCACGGAUUAAUCCCUGUUUCAACUGUACCGGACAGAUGGCAGAAAGCGUGUAUGGCGUUGUUUCGGCGAGCAGCUUGUUGAUGUCAACGUUGUGAACAGAGUGCCCCAUGGUGGUGGUGGGGUUAUGGUAUGGGCAGGCAUAAGCUACGGACAACGAACACAAUUGCAUUUUAUCGAUGGCAAUUUGAAUGCACAGAUACACCGUGACGAGAUCCUGAGGCCCAUUGUCGUGCCAUUCAUCCUCCACCAUCACCUCAUCUUUAAGCAUGAUGAUGCACUGCCCCAUGUCGCAAGGAUCUGUACACAAUUCCUUGAAGCUGAAAAUGUCCAGUUCUUACAUGGCCUGCAUACUCACCAGACAUAUCACCCAUUGAGCAUGUUUGGGACGACUUGUACGACAUUUAUAUAUUUGUUCAGUGUCACUCCAAAGCUGAUGUGUGUGUUCCAGGUCCACAUGGGCAACCUGAACUUCUCCCUGGGCAGGGUGCAAUACGACACCCUCAGCCUGUCCACCUUCCCCCUGGAGGCCAAGAUAGGGGUGGGUGUGGGGGCCUCCAUUGUAGCCCUCAUCGUCCUCAUCAUAGUGCUCAUCUACAGGUACGUGUGUGAGGGGGGGUCGGGGUAUGUGGGUGCAAGCAUUUGCAUUUGUUUACAUUAAAAUGUUGUACCUUGAGCUAUGAGUGUAAUUCUAAUGUGUGUCUGUAUGUGUGCUCUCACUGUCUGUCUGUCUGUCUGUCGGUCUGUCUGCUGUCUGCCUGUCAGGAGGAAGAGUAAGCAGGCUCUGAGGGACUACAAGAAGGUUCAGAUCCAGUUGGAGAACCUGGAGACCAGCGUGAGAGACCGUUGCAAGAAAGAGUUCACAGGUCAGACCUUAACACUAUGACUAACAGACAGCGUUAGAGGAAGUGACAGAGAAAAAAACAUUAUUGUCCACACCAAAGUGUGGAAUCUUGGCAGUACAGUCGUGGUCAAAAGUUUUGAGAAUGACACAAAUACUAAUUUUCACAAAGUCUGCUGCCUCAGUUUUGAUGAUGGCAAUUUGCAUAUACUCCAGAAUGUCAUGAAGAGUGAUCAGAUGAAUUGCAAUUAAUUGCAAAGUCCCUCUUUGCCAUGAAAAUGAACUUAAUCCCCAAAAAACAUUUCCACUGCAUUUCAGCCCUGCCACAAAAGGACCAGCUGUCAUCAUGUCAGUGAUUAUCUCGUUAACACAGGUGAGAGUGUUGACGAGGACAAGGCUGGAGAUCACUCUGUCAUGCUGAUUGAGUUAGAAUAACAGACUGGAAGCUUUAAAAGGAGGGUGGUGCUUGAAAUCAUUGUUCUUUCUCUGUUAACCAUGGUUACCUGCAAGGAAACACGUGCCGUCAUCAUUGCUUUGCACAAAAAGGGCUUCACAGGCAAGGACAUUGCUACUAGUAAGAUUGCACCUAAAUCAACCAUUUAUCGGAUCAUUAAGAACUUCAAGGAGAGAGGUUCAAUUGUUGUGAAGAAGGCGUCAGGGCGCCCAAGAAAGUCCAGCAAGCGCCAGGACCGUCUCCUAAAGUUGAUUCAGCUGUGGGAUCGGGGCACCACCAGUGCAGAGCUUGCUCAGGAAUGGCAGCAGGCAGGUGCGAGUGCAUCUGCACACACAGUGAGGCGAAGACUUUUGGAGGAUGGCCUGGUGUCAAGAAGGGCAGCCAAGAAGACACUUAUCUCCAGGAAAAAAAUCAGGGACAGACAGAUAUUCUGCAAAAGGUACAGGGAUUGGACUGCUGAGGACUGGGGUAAAGUCAUUUCCUCUGAUGAAUCCCCUUUCCGAUAGUUUGGGGCAUCCGGAAAACACCUUGUCCGGAGAAGACAAGGUGAGCACUACCAUCAGUCCUGUGUCAUGCCAACAGUAAAGCAUCCUGAGACCAUUCAUGUGUGGGGUUGCUUCUCAGCCAAGGGAGUGGGCUCACUCACAAUUUUGCCUAAGAACACAGCCAUGAAUAAAGAAUGGUACCAACACAUCCUCCGAGAGCAACUUCUCCCAACCAUCCAAGAACAGUUUGGUGACGACCAAUGCCUUUUCCAGCAUGAUGGAGCACCUUGCCAUAAGGCAAAAGUGAUAACUAAGUGGCUCGGGGAACAAAACAUCGAAAUGUUGGGUCCAUGGCCAGGAAACUCCCCAGACCUUAAUCCCAUUGAGAACUUGUGGUCGAUCCUCAAGAGGCGGGUGGACAAACAAAACCCCACAAAUUCUGACAAACUCCAAGCAUUGAUUAUGCAAGAAUGGGCUGCCAUCAGUCAGGAUGUGGCCCAGAAGUUAAUUGACAGCAUGCCAGGGCAGAUUGCAGAGGUCUUGAAAAAGAAGGGUCAACACUGCAAAUAUUGACUCUUUGCAUAAACUUAAUGUAAUUGUCAAUAAAAGCCUUUGACACUUAUGGAAUGCUUGUAAUUAUACUUCAGUAUACCAUAGUAACAUCUGACAAAAAUAUCUCAUAAAACUGAAGCAGUGAACUUUGUGAAGACCAACACUUGUGUCAUUCUCAAAACUUUGACCACGACUGUACAGGAAAUUAGGGCUGGGUGAUAUGGCCAAUAUGUCAUCAAGAUAUUUUUCACUUUUAUGACGGUAUUUCACGGUAGGUUUUUGAAUAAUGAAAGUUCGAAAUAUGCUUUAUGAGUAGUUCAUGACCCCUAGGGUGGCAGCACUGAAAUUAUACUUUUUCAACGGGGCUUUCUUCAUUCUGAUUGUUUUAUACUGUUCAAUCCAACUUCAACCAACAAUUAUGUUGAGCAUCUUAAAAAAAUCUAGGCCUAAUUAAUUGGUGAACUGUUGGAAUCAUGGAAAUAGAAUGCUUAUUCUAAUGCCAUAGUUGGAAUAUAGUGAGCAGGCACUUUGAGCAUGGUGAGUGUUUGAGGGACGGGGGCAAGGCUUGAUGUAGUGAAGCGUAUGGGGAAGCAGCAUACAGGAGGAGAGGGAGAGAGAUGACUUGAGUAAACUAUCAAAACGGACGUAUCACGUUUAACAAUUAAAAUACUGUUAUAGAAGGUAAAGUAAAAACCCAAACCGGUCCGUGCAUCAAAACCGGUGCAUGGUAAAAUACGAGUUCCCUAAGGGAAGUUUCUCAUGGCUAUCGGGGGGGGUGACCCUUUCUGUCCAAUGAUGUAAUUUCUGGACAAUAUAUCUGUCCAUUUAGGUGACCCCUUUAGGUUCUGCCUCUAAGGGGCCCUUUUUCUCCACUGACUUUCACUCAACCAUUUAUUAGAUUGAUCUGUGUUCCAAGGAAGGUCAUACUCCCUUAACCGUUGAGCCCCUGACCCCCCCCCCCCCCCCCCCCCCCCCCAGACCUGAUGACGGAGAUGAUGGACAUGUCCAGUGACCUGGUGGGCUCAGGCAUUCCCUUCCUGGACUACCGGCGCUAUGCCGAGCGGAUUUUCUUCCCGGGCCACCGCGAGUCGCCCCUGCGGAGGGAUCUGGACGUGCAGGAGUGUCGACGGGCCACAGUGGAGCAAGGCCUGGUGCAGCUCUCCAACCUGCUCAACAGCAAACUCUUCCUCACCAAGGUAGGGGGACAGUGGUGAUGAUAUGCGAUUCUUACCACGUUAGUGCACUUCUGAAAGUUUGUUUUAGACGAGUGGUUUUGAAGGAAAGCAGGCAAGGUGCAAUGACUGUGAUGAAGAACAUUGGUAGUUGACCUAGCAAGACUUAGACCAGGAUUUGAAUUGUGUAGCCUAUAACAGACUGGUCUAGUUUUAUAACAAGGGAGAAAGAAAAAACACUCAAAUUACAGAAGAGAACCAUCCUCUUCUUCCUGAAUACACCAGCCUCUUCUUGUUGAAAUGUUAUGGGAGAGUAUUCAUGGUUGAUAUUUGGCGGUCUCUCGAUCCCUUUUUCUUUUUUUCUAACUCUGUCGUUCCUCUCUCUCCUCUUCCUCCAUCCCUCCCUCCCAGUUCAUCCAUACUCUGGAGAGCCAGCGGACGUUCUCGCCUCGGGACCGGGCCUACGUGGCAUCUCUCCUGACAGUGGCACUGCAUGGUAAACUGGAGUACUUCACCGACAUCCUCAAGACCCUCCUCAACGAUCUAGUGGAGCAGUAUGUGGCCAAGAACCCCAAACUCAUGCUGCGGAGGUAAGAUAGGAAAAGAUGGAGAGUGGGGGUGUGUGGGUCAGGGGGUGGGGGGGGGUGGGGGUAUGUGGGUCAGGGGGUGGGGUGGGAUUGUGUGUCGGGGUGGGGUGGGAUUGUGCUCCAUCGACCUGUAACUGAUUUUUAACAUGUUGUCAUUUUGAAGAACGGAGACAGUGGUGGAGAAGCUUCUGACCAACUGGAUGUCCAUCUGCCUCUACGCGUUCCUCAGGGUGAGUCGGCCCACAUGAAUUGAAUUACUGCCACACAAAGAGGAGGAAAUGAUGGCCCCAUUCCACAGGCAGCCCAAUUCUGAUUUUUUUUUUUUGCCACCAAUUGGUUUUAUAUCAGAUCUUUUUGCCAAUAAUUGGGCAAAAGAUCAGAAUUGGGCUGCCUGCGUAAACACAGCCAAUUGGACAGACAUUAUGGCCCCAUUCUUUAGAAGUGCAUUGUUGUGCAUCAUCUUCCUCCCUUCCUUGAAGUAAUCAUAGAUGAGACACAAUUGGACAGAAAUAAAACGGCUCAUUUCUAAUCAGUGAUUACUCCAUGGAAAGGAGGAAGGAAGGAUGCACUUUCAAAUAAUUUGAACGGGGCCUAGGCUUUAUUCCAGGGGUGGGAAUCUUAACUAUGUCUUCCAUGCCAGUUUGAAGCAUACUUGGCGAUCUAUAUCUUACCUGGGUCAAAAUGCCUUGUAGCAUUAGCAUUUAUUAGCGUAAAGGUAAUUACUGUAUGUUGGUAAAUGUCGUGUCCUCAUCUUUCCCAGGACAGUGAUUAUUAGCAUGAUGCUAAUUGUUUACCUGAUCGUUAGCAUGGUUUACCUGAUUUCUUAGCCUGAUGCUAAUUGUUUACCUGUUUCGCUAGCAUGAUGCUAACUGUUGUUGUUUCUCCCUAGGACUCUGCAGGCGAGUCCCUGUACAUGUUGUUCAGGGCUAUCAAGCACCAGGUGGACAAGGGGCCAGUGGAUGCGGUGACGGGAAAAGCAAAGUACACGCUCAACGACAAUCGCCUGCUCCGAGAGGACGUGGAGUACAAGACCCUGGUGAGGAUGCUCACACUCAGGGGUUCAGACACACACUCACACAGACACACAAAGACACAAACACAUUCAGAUGUUCAGACACACACACAUGCAUUCAAGGGUUCAGACACACACUCACACACGUGCACUCAAUCUAACCACACACACACAGUUAUUUUUUUCCAGUGAAAAACCAGAGAUAGAUAAAUAGAUUAUCCUAAGACUGAUUUAAAAAUUUGAAAAAUAUACUUCCAAGAAAGUGUGCUUUGUGAGUGAUUUGAAAGCUCAUCCUCUCUCUCUUUCCUCACACUCUCCCAGACCCUGAACGUGUUGAUGCAGGGUGGGGGGGUGAACGAGACCCAGCCGCUGCCCUCCAAGGUGCUGGACAUAGACACCAUCACCCAGGUGAAGGAGAAACUCCUGGACCAGGUCUACAAGGGCACCUCCUUCUCCCACCGGCCACACACAGACUCCCUGGACCUGGGUGAGAAGCACACACACACAGAAAGAUGUGCACGUAGAUACACACACUGCAGACACACACACACACAAACAAAGAUGCGCACGCACACACAUUCACGCAGAUGCACACACACAGCCUCUUUUCGAUCUCUCUCUUUUAAUAUAAUUUUAGUGUUCUAUAAUAUAGUGUUCUAUUUAAUUCUGUCUAUAGCCCUGUCUAACAUUGUGUGUGUGUUGUUUCAGAGUGGAGGUCCGGUGUAGCUGGUCAUUUGAUCCUGUCUGAUGAAGACCUGACAUCUGUUGUCCAGGGCAACUGGAAGCGCCUCAAUACACUACAACACUACAAGGUCUGCACCCACACAUUCAUAGAGCCUUCCUAACGCUUCAUAAAUAGUUUAUAACACUCCGUAAAGUAUUUAUAGAGCCUUUAUAAAGCAUUCAUAAAAGCUUUAAGAUUUAAACAUUCACGUUUCUAAGCCUUUACUUAAAGGUGUGUCACUUCAUUAACCCUUCAUAAGCCUUCAUAAGCCUUCAUAGUGCAUCCACUAACCAUUUGAGAGAUUUAUAACAGUUGUUGUUGUUAUUUUUGUGUGUCAGGUUCCAGACGGCGCAACAGUGGCUUUGGUCCCGCGCCACAGCAAACACAUCCACCACGACAAUCAUGACUACGUAGCAGGGGAAAGUGAGUUCGAGUUGCAUUUUAGUUCCUCUCUCUCUCUCUCUCUGGGAAAUGUCUUGUUGUUCCUCUAUAGUGCGCAGCCAAACUAUAGUGGCUUGCGAAAGUAUUCACCCCCCUUGGCAUUUUUCUUAUUUUGUUGCCUUACAACCUGGAAUUCAAAUGGAUUUUUUGGGGGUUUGUAUCAUUUGAUUUACACAACAUGCCUACCACUUUGAAGAUGCAAAAUAUUUUUUCUUGUGAAACAAACAAGUAAUAAGACAGAAAAACAGACAACUUGAGCGUGCAUAACUAUUCACCCCCCCCCCCCCCCCCCAAAGUCAAUAUUUGUAGAGCCACUUUUUGCAGCAAUUACAGCUGCAAGUCUCUUGGUAUGUCUCUAUAAGCUUGGCACAUCUAGCCACUGGGAUUUCUGCCCAUUCUUCAAGGCAAAACUGCUCCAGCUCCUUCAAGUUGGAUGGGUUCUGCUGGUGUACAGCAAUCUUUAAGUCAUACCACAUAUUCUCAAUUGGAUUGAGGUCUGGGCUUUGACUAGGCCAUUCCAAGACAUUUAAAUGUUUCCCCUUAAACCACUCGAGUGUUGUUUUAGCAGUAUGAUUAGGGUCAUUGUCCAGCUGGAAGGUGAACCUCCGUCCCAGUCUCAAAUCUCUGGAAGACUGAAACAGGUUUCCCUCAAGCAUUUCCCUGUAUUUAGCGCCAUCCAUCAUUCCUUCAAUUCUGACCAGUUUCCCAGUCCCUGCCGAUGAAAAACAUCCCCACAGCAUGAUGCUGCCAUCACCAUGCUUCACUGUGGGGAUGGUGUUUUCGGGGUGAUGAGAGGUGUUGGGUUUGUGCCAGACAUAACGUUUUCCUUGAUGGCCAAAAAGCUCAAUUUUAGUCUCAUCUGACCAGAGUACCUUCUUCCAUAUGUUUGGGGAGUCUCCCACAUGCCUUUUGGCCAACACCAAACGUGUUUGCUUAUUUUGUUCUUUAAGCAAUUGCUUUUUUAUGGCCACUCUUCCGUAAAGCCCAUCUCUGUGGAGUGUAUGGCUUAAAGUGGUCCUAUGGACAGAUAGGACCACUUUAAGCCAUACAUAACCCUCCUUCAGGGUUAUUUUUGGUCUCUUUGUUGCCUCUCUGAUUAAUGCCCUCGUCUGGUCCGUGAGUUUUGGCGGGCAACCCUCUCUUGGCAGGUUUGUUGUGGUGCCAUAUUCUUUCCAUUUUUUUAUUAAUGGAUUGAAUGGUGCUCCUGGGAUGUUCAAAGUUUCAGAUAUUUUUUUAUAACCCAAGCCUGAUCUGUACUUCUCCACAACUUUGUUCUUGACCUGUUUGGAGAGCUCCUUGGUCUUCAUGGUGCCGCUUGCUUGUUGGUGCCCCCUUGCUUAGUGGUGUUGCAGACUCUGGGGCCUUUCAGAACAGGUGUGUAUAUAUACUGAGAUCAUGUGACAGAUCAUGUGACACUUAGAUUGCACACAGGUGGACUUUAUUUAACUAAUUAUGUGACUUCUGAAGGUAAUUGGUUGCACCAGAUCUUAUUUAGGGGCCUCAUAGCAAAGGGGGUGAAUACAUAUGCACGCACCACUUUUCUGUUAUUUAGUUUUUUGAAACAAGUAAUUUUUUUCAUUUCACUUCACCAAUUUGGACUAUUUUGUGUAUGUCCAUUACAUGAAAUCCAAAUAAAAAUCCAUUUAAAUUACAGGUUGUAAUGCAACAAAAUAGGAAAAACGCCAAGGGGGAUGAAUACUUUCGCAAGGCACUGUAGCUAUAUGACCAGUUUCUUCCACCUACGUUUUUGUAGAAUAAGUAUAAAUGUAUCUCAUCUUGUGAAAGGCCACUAGGCUGAAACGUUGACUCCAAUGUUCACUUUUGUGGACAUGGAAUAAAAGAUACCAGAUAAACAUUUAGUUUUUUUUAUAUUCUUUCUCAACCCUUCUCCUUUCUUUUCUCCCCCUCCCCCUCCCUCGUUCAGAGACGCCCAUGCUGGAGGAUGCGGACGAGGGCGGGGUGAGGCUGUGGCACCUGGUCAAGGCCAGUGAUGAGCCCGAGCUACCCAAGCACCGCCGGGGCAGCGUGAGGGAGAGGGAGAGGGCCAAGGCUAUACCAGAGAUCUACCUCACACGCCUGCUCUCUAUGAAGGUAGAUACUGGAUGCACACAGUCACACACGCAUUGCAUGUACACAUACACACUAAGAAUCAAGUGAAGAGUCAGAUACUGUAGAGACACACACACCCUUCCACCCACUUUCAAACCCUAACCUUUUCCCCAUCUUCCACCCUCCCUCCACAGGGAACUCUGCAGAAGUUUGUAGACGAUCUGUUCACGGUGAUCCUGUCCACCAGUCGUCCCGUUCCGCUGGCAGUCAAGUACUUCUUUGACCUGCUGGAUGACCAGGCGCAACACCACGCCAUCACUGACCCUGAGACCAUCCACAUCUGGAAGACCAACAGGUACACACACACACACACACACACACACUGAUGCAGACGCAUGGCACACACAAGUGCCUACACACAUAACAAGUAUGAACAUAGAUUCAAUCACACACAUAUACACACACACUUAUCCCGAUGCCGUUCACAUCUGGAAGAUCAACAUGUUUGUCUUUGUGAAUCUUUGUGAGUGUGUGUGUGUGUGUAUGUUUGUAUGUGGUCUGGUGAUAUGAUAUGUAUCUAACAGCCCGAAUCAGAUUGCUGCCUGUUCUUAGUAAACUGAUGGAGAGAAUUGUAUUUGACCAAUAGAACCCAGAGAGUGUUCUUCAAUGGAAGCUUCUCUAACAUUAUAAAUAUACAGUGCCUCAGGGCAGUUGCCUUGGGCCAUCACUCUUCUCUAUUUUUACAAAUGAUUUGCCACUGGUCUUACACAACGCUAGAAUGAUCAUGUAUGUGGAUGACCCAAAGCCAGUGAGCUCACUGAAAUUCUAAAUAAGGAGUUACAGUCAGUAUCAGAAUGGGUGAUUAAUAAUAAACGGGUCUUAAAUACAUCUAAAACUAAAUGCAUUGUAUUUGGUUCAAACCAUUCUCUAAGACCUAAACCUCAACUGGAGUUGUGCCUAAAGGGUGUGACCAUUGAACAAGUUGAGGAAGCUAAACUCCUAGGUAUAAUAUUGGAUGGUCAAUUAUCAUGGUCAAGUCAUAUUGACAAAGUUGUUGUGAAGAUGGGGAGGCAUAUGUCUGUAAAAAAAAUAUGUUCUGCGUUUUUUACACAAAAAUCAACUGUACUAGUUGUUCAGGCUCUGGUCUUGUCCCAUCUUGAUUACUGUCCGGUAAUAUGGUCAAGUGCAGCAAAUCAAGACCUAGCAAAGCUGCAGCUGGUUCAAAACAGAGCAGCACGCUUUGCCCUUAACUGCACAUACAGAACGAACAUCAACAACAUGCAUGCCAGUAUUUCCCGGUUGAGGGUUGUCGAGAUACUAACUGCUUCUCCUAGUUUUUAUGAGAUAUAUUACUGUAAUGACAAUUCCAGAUUGUCUGCAUAACAUUCAGCUCAGACAGCCAUACAUACCCCACAAGACAUGCCACCAGGGGUCUCGUCACAGUCCCCAAAACGAAUUCACGGCAACGCACAGUAUUACACAGAGCCAUGAUCGCAUUGAACUCCCAUCUCCAAUUACUCAAGCAAACUGCAAAAAAAACGGAUUAAACGUCUUAUGGAACGGUGGGGACUGUGAGGGGACACAAACAAACACAGACACACUAACAUACAAUUUUUCGUUGUAUUGUUUGUAUAUCGUUGUAUAGAGUAGCUGCUGCUUCUGUUAAAGAUCAUGGGGAUCCAAAUAAACAAAUAUAUAUGUAGCAUGUGAACAUGACAAUAACAGUUCUGUAACGCUGUUUCCCUCCCUCCCUGCCUCCAGUUUGCCCCUGAGGUUCUGGAUCAACAUUGUGAAGAACCCCCAGUUCAUCUUUGACGUCCAGCCCUCGGACCACGUGGACGCCGUGCUGACGGUCAUCUCCCAGACCUUCAUGGACUCCUGCACCACUGCUGAGCACAAGCUGGGCAGGGUUAGAGAGGGAGAGAGACUGAUAGGGAGGGAUGGGACCAAGGGGGGUGUCGGAAGUAUUGACUUGGCCAUGGGAGACGAUGGAAGGUGGAGGAUGUGAUUCUUUAUAACUGGUUAUCUCUCUCCUUCCCUCCGUCUCUCUCUCCAGGAUUCACCAAUCAACAAACUGCUGUAUGCCCGAGACAUCCCCCGUUACAAGCAGAUGGUGGAAAGGUACUACGCUGACAUCAGACAGACCAUCUCUGCCAGUGACCAGGAGAUGAACUCAGCUCUAGCAGAACUUUCCAGGGUGGGUCUUUUUCUUCAGUUUAUUCGUUCAGUAAACACUGUAUUGUUCCUUUAAAGGGAUAGUUCCCCCAAAAGUGAUAUUCGCAAAAGUGGUCUUCCCAUCAUCACAGUUUUUGCUCUGUACUGAAAGUGCUCCAUCUUGAAAACUUGACUGCUGACAUUUUUUUCCAUGUUUUAUUUUGGAACAAAUACCAAAGAACAAAGUUUGAGUGAACUAUCCCUUUCAUCUGUUCUUUGUCCUAUUGUUAAUUUAACCUAUAUUAGCACAUUUUCAAUUAAGCUUAUUAUUUAUUUGUAAUGACUAGGAAAUGUGUUUUUUUCUUCCCAGAAUUACUCAGGAGAGUUGAAUUACCUUGUUGCCCUGCACGAGUUGUACAAGUACAUCAACAAAUACUAUGACCAGGUGAGUUUUCAUUCAGUCGCUUGUCUGGUUGGAUGGAAUAACGAAUCAGAGUUGUCUUUGGUUUACCUUGCACCUGCUCUAAACUGGAUUUGUUUUCUGGUUCCCUCUCUCCCUCUCUCUGUCCCUCUCUCACUCCAUCCCUCUCUCUCAUUCUACCCCCUCUUUCAUUCUCUCCAUCCCUUUCUCUGUCUCACUCCCUCUCUCUCUAUCUGUCUCACUCCAACCCAUCCCUCCCUCUCUCCCUCCAUCUUUCUCUCUCGGUCUCUCACUCCACCCCCUCUCUCUCUCCAUCUCUCUGUCUAUCACUCCACCAUUCUCAAUCACACUCCACCAUUCUCCAUCUAUCUUCAUCCCUUUCUCUCUCUCUCUCUCUCUCUCUCUCUCCAUCCCUCCCGCUCUCAGAUCAUCGGGGCCCUAGAGGAGGACAGCAUGGCCCAGAAGAUGCAACUGGGCUACCGGCUCCAGCAGGUCGCUGCAGCCGUGGAGAACAAAGUCACCGACUUGUGA